AUGUCGUUAAAUGAAAUACGCACAGCCUCAGAAAAUGAUGACGAAAUUCAAGAAAUACGUAAAGCACUUACAUCCGACAAAUGGUCAUCGUUACAAAAAUAUGAAGUUUAUAAAGAAGAAUUUUGUGAAAAAUCAUUAGUGCAGGAAAUCAUGGAAAUAGCACAUCGUUCAUGUCUUGGUAUAGUAAAAUUAAAAAGUUUGCUACGUUGCAAAGUUUAUUGGUACAACAUGGACAGAGACAUCGAAAAUCUCAUUCAAUCAUGUCCAUCAUGUCAAAAGAUAGGGAGACACAACAAACCAACACCUGUACAAAUGACCGAAUUACCGACAUCACCAUGGUCACAUUGCAGCCGUGGUAAUUUACCGACAGGUGAGAAAAUUCUAGUAAUUACAGAAUUAUUUUCGAAGUUCCCGAUUGUUGAAUUUAUGAAAUCUACGACGUUCAAUAUUGUAUCUACUCGCCUUGAUAAUCUCUUUUCAAUUUUUGGUUAUCCCGAAAUGAUAAAAACGGUAAUGGACCCCCUUGGGACAGUCAUGAAAUUGAUCUAUUUUUUAAAUCACGUGGUAUUGUACAUGACAGUUCAAUUCCUUAUUGGCCCAGAAGCAACGGGCAAGCAGAGCGUUUUAUGCCAAACUUGA